CACGGUUGGUACCUCACAAAGCAAAGGCGUGUGGGCGGGGCACGUGAUUGAGUGGGCGGAGUCAAGCUCUGAGGAGGAAAGAGGCGGAGUCUAAGAACGGCGACCACCGGGCGGGAGACACCCAGAGUGUGGUGACCCGGGAGGGUGACAGGAAGACAUUGAGUUGCCUGGUUGGUUGAAGGAUGCCGCGGGUAGUGCCGGAUCAGAGAAGCAAGUUCGAAAAUGAGGAAUUUUUCCGGAAACUGAGUCGUGAAUGUGAGAUCAAAUACACAGGGUUUAGGGACCGACCGCAUGAGGAACGACAGGGGCGUUUUCAGAAUGUUCAUUUAAAGGCCCCCAUGAUUCUGAACGGUGUGUGUGUCAUGUGGAGAGGAUGGAUAGACCUCCAACGGUUGGACGGAAUGGGCUGCUUAGAAUUCGAUGAAGACAGAGCGCAGCAUGAGGACGCCUUGGCACAACAGGCCUUUGAGGAAGCUCGGAGAAGAACUCGUGAGUUUGAAGACAGAGAUCGCUCUCACCGGGAGGAAAUGGAGGCUCGGCGACAACAGGAUCCCACCUCCGGCCUGGGCAGUGGAGAUGAUCUGAAGCUACGUUAAGCCUGACCCCACCUCCAAGCUUCCCUUAUUCCAGUGAUCUGCAAGACCAGGAGGAUAAAAGCCUUUGACCAUUUCAUCUCAACCCUUCACUUUGAAGCUUCCUGCACACGUGCUGUCUGCGCCCUCCAAGAGCGGUUUAAUCCCCCUCCCUCUCGUCUAUGCAAGCUUUUAGCCGCAUCUGAUGUGCACUCAGGCGGCUGUAGUUUUUCAUUUACAGUUUGCUGAUAAAAUAGGUCAAUAGUGUUUUUGUAAGAAUGUUAAUUUUUGUUAUGCUUUUCUGCUUUUUUUUUUGUAUUUUUUUUUUUUGCCGUCAUAUCCAGUAAGAAGGCUGUAUUGGUGUUAGGUCAAUUAUAAAAGCACCACUGUUACAGUAUACAGAGGGUUCAUACUGGACAUCUUGCUGCAAAAAGGGUUAAUGCUCAAUCAAACAGUUCUUUUGCAUAUUGAUGCCUUUUAUGUUUUUAUUGUAUUUUAAUUGAUUUUAUUUCAUUCUAUUUUUUUUUAUUUUUUUUAUAUACCGUAUUUAUCGGGGUAUACCACGCACCGGCCUAUAACACGCACCCUCAUUUUACCAAGGAUAUUUGGGUAAAAAAAGUUUUUUACCC